AUAAAUUUAAUUACCCACCCAUUAUUGGUAUAAGCCCCUUCAUGACACCCCCAAACACCUACGACAUCCUCGGAAAUCCCCAAGUCCCAUCCCUAAUCCCCUACUACUCCACGGACUUCUCUGGAGACAUGUCCUUCUGGCAGAGGUCUCUGAAUCUUUUCUACUACUUCAUGGAUUAUAGGAACAGAAGGAGGACCAUGAACAUUUUGGAUCCAAUGGCCAGAGAGGUUUUUGGACAAGAUCUUCCCUUUAUUGGAGAUUUGGAGAGAGAGAUUGACCUGGUGCUGGUUAAUAGUCAUUCAGGAAUGGAUUUGCCGGAGUUGCUGUUGCCUAAUGUUAUCCAAGUUGGGGGGUUGCAGGUUAAGGAACCAAAGAAACUACCAGAGAACAUCAACAACUUUUUCAACGGCGCCAAAAAGGGAGUAGUCUACUUCAGUCUAGGAACCAACGUGAGGAGCAACAUGAUGGGUGAAGAAAAAGUCCAGAUGUUCGUGAGAGCUCUGGCCAAAUUCCCAGACUACCACUUUUUAUGGAAAAUCGAUAGAACUGAUUUGAAAGUCUCCAAAAACGUUAUGGUCACCAAAUGGGCAUCCCAGAACGACGUUUUGGGUCAUCCCAAAACGGUUCUGUUUAUGUCCCAUUGUGGUCUUUUGAGCACACAGGAGGCUACUUGGCACGGGGUGCCCUUGUUGGGGAUUCCUUUUUUCGCUGAUCAAUUUACGAAUGCUAAAAAAGCAGUAGACGCCGGCGUUGCUGAACAAAUACUCAUCAUAUCUGUCACCGAAGAAGAAAUUGUAGAUAAAUUGGGACGUAUGUUGAAUAACCAAAGUUACCAAGACAACAUGACCCUCCGCUCCAAAAGAUUCCGCGACCGCCCGAUGGCCCCCUUGGACGAAGCAGUAUGGUGGUGCGAGUACUCGAUGCGACAUAAAGGAACGCGCCAUCUAAGAUCCAAAGCCAGAGACAUGAGCCCCCUUGUGCUCUUCAUGUGGGACGUGCUUCUGGUGUGGCUCGGAGGACUUAUGGGGCCGUUUUAGUUUUAGGUUAUGUAAUUAGAAGGAUUCUUGUGAAGAAGCCGGAGACUUUCGUUAGUUGUGCGAAGGAAUUGAGAGAGAUGAAGCUGAUGAAUGGGACCAAGGGGGCUUCCAAUGGGACUGCCAAGAGGGCUUAUGGAGUUGGUAAUGGAGUGAUGAAGAAGACGCAAUGAAAAAAUGAAUAAAUAUU